AUGUCAACUGCUAAUUGGCAAUUGCAAUUAGAGAAGAUGAAGCUACUAAAACUAGCUAUGAGAACCCUUUACUUCUCUUUCUUGUGCUUCUUGAUUUUCUGUAGUUUAGAGUCCACUGUUUCUUCAGAAACUGAGAUACUGAAACAAGGGGAAGUUGUGAAUUCUUCCACUUCACUUGUUUCUUCCAAUAAGACUUUCACUCUUGGAUUCCUCAUCCUGGACGAAAGAAACAACUACAGCUACUUAGCAAUUUGGUAUACCAAUAAUUCUAUGAUCAGAUAUCCAGUAUGGAUUGGCAACAGAAAUGAACCUAUACAUAACAAUUCUGGUGUUCUUACAAUAGAUAGCUCAGGUAGACUUAUUAUCAAACAUAAUAGAGGGAAUGUUGUGCUUUCUGCAGAGCAAACUACACUUGACACCACAGCUACUCUACAAGAAUCAGGCAGUUUUGUGCUGAGUGAGGUGAGUUCAAAUGGUUCAUUAAUCCGGGAGUUGUGGAAUAGCUUCGACUAUCCCACGGAUACCUUGUUGCCAGGGAUGAAACUAGGGAUCAAACACAAAACCGGAAAGAAUUGGAGUCUUACGUCGUGGCAAAAUCCAAUUACACCGGCACCUGGAGCUUUUACGCUUGAAUGGGACCCACUAAGACGUCGAUUAGUUAUCCGACGACGAGGUGUGAUUUAUUGGACAAGUGGAGGUUUGGAGAAGGGGGAAUUCCCACACAUUAGGACAGAGUUUUUGAACCGGAAUUAUAAAUUCUCCACCUUACGCAACGCCGAUAAAGAGUACUUCAGUUAUUCACUUAUAUACGAUGAACUGACAAGCAUAGAACGACGAACAAUCUCCGGUUGGCAAUUAGAUUCCUCAGGGAGUAUACUUGAUGGAGACAGGCCAAAUGUUGCCUACACAGGGAACUGUUAUGGCUACAAAGAUGAAGCUCAGCAAUCAAGUGGGUGUGAGUUAUGGAAGCAGCCAAAAUGCAGGAAGCCAGGCCAAAAAUUUCAAUUAAGAUCAGGAGGUUUUAUGGUUAUUGAAAAACCUCUAGGGCCGCGGUAUGCUAAAGGAACGAAAGUGGGAAAUUCAAGCUUUAGCCUGAGUGAUUGCAGAGCUGAAUGCUGGAAUGAUUGCAAUUGUGUUGGCUAUGAUUCUUAUGUUUAUUCUACUGGAUGCACAUUCUGGAGAGGGAAGAAUUUGAACUUCAGUCAAGAUAUUUCUGGCAUGGCCAAGAAAUAUUAUGUCAUUACAGAAGUAACAGAACCUCAGAGUAAGUUUCUGACCGAUACAAUUUCAUUCAUACAACUAUUGAACCGAUAA